GUGUGGGGUUUGCAUGCACGUGCCGCUGUGACAGAGUAGGGAGGGGAGCCCAGGGCAGGGGCUGGGGCACUCUCAUGAGUCAAUAAGGGAGUGGCUGAUGGUUCCCUCUGCCUGAUGCAGUUAUCUGUCCCCCCACCCCUCCCAAAUCGCAGCCUGGGACCAUCCCCCUGCCCUGGUCAAUUCAGUCUCCAAGCAACACCCACCCCCUUCCCAAUGGCCCCAGACAGGGACUAAGCAAUCCUGGGCUCCCAUGCUGCCCGCCAUCCUCAGCCGUCCUCUCUGAGAGCUGAGAGGAGAUCUCGGUCUUCUCCCCUCUGCUUGUUGAAGCCUCCCUGCCCCACACCUGCCUCCCUCCGGUGGUGGGGUGGAGGCUGAUGGGACGGCUCUGCCCCUCCCCGAGCAGCCUGCACUCUCUCCCCUAGGAGUGGUUGGACCUGACGUGCCGUGGGCUGAGGAACACUAACGCCAUUGUGCUGGUGUAUGACAUCUGCAACCCCGAGAGCUUUGAGUACGUGAAGAUGGUCCAGCAGCAGAUCCUGGAGAACAGGACAGGUGGCACCAACGAGGCCCCCAUCAUCGUGGUGGGGAACAAGCGGGACCAGCAGAAGCAGCGCUUCACGCCGCGUCGGACACUCUCGGUGCUGGUGAAGAAGAGCUGGAAGUGCGGCUACAUGGAGUGCUCUGCCAAGUACAACUGGCACAUUGUCCUGCUCUUCAAGGAGCUGCUGAGCAGUGCGCUGGCCCGGGGCUACAAACACCACCACUCCAGUAUGCGCCUCCAGGGGGCGCUGCACACAACCAGAUGCAGCCUCAUGUGAGACAUGCUGCCAGCCACCUCCAGGGGGCGCUCUCUCUGCUCUGUGAGUAGAGUGGGGGCGGGUUGGGAACUGGUUACCCAUCACCUCCUGAAAUGGGCUCUGUGUGCCGAGGGGACCCUCCCACCACCACCUUGCCUCUCCUGGUGCCAGGGGUUCCACUGUUCUUGAUUGUACCAGUGCAAAAAAGGACUCAUUGUUCUGGGCACCUGUGCCCCAACUUCUCAGGGACUGAGCACAUGACACAGGCUCCGGAGCACCUGGGAAUGGGGAUGACCUGAGCGUGGCCAAAGACAUAAGUGUGGUCCUCAUUAUUUAAACAUGAACCCCAGAGCUGGCUUAUGGUGCUGAUGCGGGGCAAAGCAGGGGGGACGCUGAGGUUGGACAGAGAUGGGGACAGAGCGUGGGGGGAGAUAUAUUCUGCCCACCCCCCUACCCUAAAGCCUCCACCGCUGAGUGCUGUACCACCCAAAGGAGCUCAGGUCGGGUGCCCGAGGGUUUUGUGUGGAGGGAAUCCCUACAGGCUCCUAGGCCCACAGUCCUCUGCAAGUGUGUGAUGGGGGAGGUUUUGCUGCGGACUUGUCUGCAAACAGGGCUCCAUAGCCCCCCAGACAUGUUCCUUAGUUGUGACUGUUUGGCCAGUUGGUUUUAUGCCCAUGUUGGGGCAAGGGCAAAAUGUU